CGCAUGGACGCGGGGUCGCUGCUGCCUGAGAUGACCGGGAUGGAGGAGGAGAGAUGGAGGAGACGGGUACCUGCUGGUGGUGACGGUGACGGUGGCGGUGACGGUGGUGACGGUGAUGACGACGACGACGACGAUGAGUGCCCGGAGUUGGUGGCCACUCUCCUUCCCCACGAGCGCAUUCCCAUCACCAUCAUCUCGGGCUACCUGGGAGCCGGCAAGACGACGCUGCUGAACUACAUCCUCACGGAGCAGCACAGCAAGCGGGUCGCCGUGAUCCUCAACGAGUUCGGGGAGGGCAGCGCGAUGGAGAAGGCCCUUGCCGUGGGUCAGGCCGGAGAGCUGUACGAGGAGUGGCUGGAACUCCGCAACGGCUGCCUCUGCUGCUCUGUCAAGGACAACGGCAUCAAAGCCAUCGAGAAUCUCAUGAAGAAGAAGGGAAAGUUUGACUACAUCCUGCUGGAGACAACAGGGCUCGCCGACCCGGGCUACACGGGGGAUCUUUGUUAUUGUGCGUCGUCUCACCGGAUUCUUUCCAUUUCGUUUGCUCAGCACCUGAUGGAGGAGCGCGCGGAUGGAGCCCUCAACGAAGCCACCAGACAAGUGGCGCUUGCUGACGUCAUCCUGCUGAACAAAACCGACCUGGUUCCUCACGCAGAGCUCAGCCGACUCACGGCCCUCAUUAGGAACAUCAACGCCCUCGCCAAACUCCAAGAGACGCAGCGUUCGAGAGUGGACCUAGGGGAAGUGCUGGACCUCCACGCUUACGACACCACGACGGGAGACAGGUUUCAGGAGAGGCUGGCGCAGCUGAUGAGGCCUGGCGAGGACGAACCCUCGCACCUGGACAAGAGUAUCGGCACCGUGACCAUUGAAGUGUUGGGGACGGUGCCCCAGCGAGGACUCGACUGGUUUCUGCAGAGCCUGCUGUGGGAGAAGAGCGUUCACAAUGCAGCUGGGCUGCCCAUGGAGGUCCUGCGGAUGAAGGGCCUGGUGAGCGUGUGUGGCGCUGUGCGCCCGCUGCUGGUGCAGGCCGUGCGGGAGCUCUUUGAGCAGCAGGAGGCCCCCGCCUCGUGGCCCGCCGGCGAGCCUCGCCUCAGCAGGCUCAUCCUCAUUGGACGGAACUUGGACCGCGGCAUCCUCCUGGACCUGUUCGCCAAAGCCACGGCGGAGGGUGGAGACUUCCAUUGAAAAAAAGACAAGGGGGGGAGAGGGGGGGGGAGGGAG